UGUGUACAUUAAAUGAAGGAGAAAUGUUAUUUAUACCAUCUGGUUGGUGGCAUAGAGUUGAAUCUCUUUCUGUAAGUUUUUCGAUAUGAGUACUACUUGUGACAUUAUGGAGCUUAUGAAAGGUUACGGCACAGAAUUCAACAUGUCCACUGUUAUGCAGUGUGUUCAAGAAUUAAAAACUUGGCAAGAAUCACAACAACAGAAACUAUGUGAAAACCCCACAAUGGACACUUUGACUAACGAAAUGGAUGACGUUUUAAAAUCAUUUGAUAUUCCUGAAAAUGUUCAAGAUAAUAAGUAUGACAGUAAGGUGUCUUCAUAUUCAGAAAUAGAUGAGGAAUUAUUGCAAAAAUUUGGUUACCAAAUUCCAUCUAUUUCAAAAAUUCAAGAUAAUGUAGAGGUAUUGUCAAUAAAUGAGGAAGAUGAUAACAUUUGCAAAGCCAAAUCAAUGAGUUCCAAUAUAAAUACUGUAAAAGAUGAUCAAUUUGGAUGUGAAAAUGAAAUUGAAUGUCAGAAUAACAAACCUAAAAAGCCAUAUUUAAAAAAAGGAACAGGUUUGGCUCGAUAUGGCUUAAAUUUAGAUGAAAUAAAAAAAAAAACUGGGAAAUUAAAAUUUCAAAAACCAGUAAAAGCUGUUACAUCAAAAAUUAAAGUACCAAGAAAGUGUUUAAAUCAAGUUCAAGCAUUUCCUAAAGUUGAAAUUGUAAAUAAAUCAAUUGAAAGUACUCGUCUAGAUUUAAAAAAAUGUAAUAUCACUAAUUCAUGGAAUAGAUAUGAGCCUAAAAGUUCUCCAAAUUAUGAAGAAAAUGACAACAAUAAAGAGCAAAGAGAACUGCGGGCCUUUGAGAUAUUAGAAGAACGUGCUAACAAUUCAAAUCUGACUGCAUCAUCACCAACCGUGUGUCAUCUUUUGGAAAAAGGUUAUCUUUCCAAGCGUGAUAAAGAAGUUCAAACAUCAGGAUUAGUUCGUUCUUUAAACUUUGACAAAAUAAAUGCAUCUACUCCUUUACGAAAAGCCAACGAUUCUGAUGAUUCAUACUCUGAUUCUAGUCAGGAGUUUGAUCCUUUGGAUUUAUCACAAAAUAUGGUAGAUAAUACUAAUUUUAAUGUUAGUGAAAAGAAUAAUAAAUAUAUAAAAACUGAUCCCAUUAUUUUAACAGAAAAUGAAAAUAAAUAUUUAGAAAAUUAUAUUAAAUCUUCAGAAAUAAUGAAACACAAUAACUUUAAUCAAUCGUUUGAUACAGAAGUACUCAGUAAGAGACUUGAAGAAUUAGAAUCUGAGAUUGAAACAUUUCGUGCUGAAAAUAUUAAAUUAAUGAAAUUACAAAGAGAGUUUGAAGCUGAAAGACAAAAAUUUUUUAAGAGUAAAGAUGAGUUUAUAAAAAAAUUAAACGAAGAAAAAAAAAAUGAAGAAGAAAAGUUAGCCGAAGAGAGAAAGAAAUUCAUUAAAGAAAAAGUUGUAUUUGAGAAAAAUAUCAGAGAAUUAAGAAACAAACCCAAUAGACUAGAAAGAGAAGAAAUAAAAAAACUGAAAGAACAGGUAAAUGAGCUUAAAGAUGAAUUUAAUAAAAAAGAAACCCGAUGGGCAACUGCUCAGGCACGACUGAGAACACAGAUGAAAGUAUUAGAAAAUAGUAACACAGCAUUGCGCAAUGAACUAGAUUUGUUGAGAAAAACUUCAUUAACUAAAAAAGUCACUUUUAAAACUCUGUCUGAAAAACAAGCUUUGAGAAACACCAAACUCAUACAUAACGUCAAUAAGGAACUCAGUAAGCUUACUCCUGAUGAUGUAUUAUCAAUGGUUGAUUCAAAAUCAAAAAAUAUUCCCGCUUCUAUUUUGAGAAAACCAAUAAUUAUGUCUACUAAUGAUAAUGAGUCUUCUGAGGAUUUGUUAUCUGAUGAAAAUCAAUUUCUUAUACAUUCUGAUGAUAGUGAAAAUGAUGAUUCUAAUUGCAAUGGAUCUAGCAGUACUCGACGAAGUAGUUGUGAUAUAGUACGUGAAACAAUUUUGGAUGAUGGACGUAAAGAAAUUUUGUACUCUAAUGGUAAUUUGAAAAAGAUUUCACCUGAUGGCACCAAUAUAAAAGUAAUAUAUUAUAAUGGUGAUGUGAAAGAAACAAAAGAAGAUUCAGAACGAUAUUAUUUUGCUAAUAAUAAAACAUACCAUACAACUUUCAAUACCGGUUUGGAAAUAAUCGAAUUUCCUAAUGGACAAACUGAAAAGCAUCACAAAGAUGGUAAAGUAGAAAUUGAGUAUGUAGAUGGUAAAAAGCAUACUGUAUACCCAGACCGUAAAGAAAUUUGGAAUUACUUAGAUGGUUCAGUAUUGACAGUAGAACCAAAUGGUCAUCGCGAAUUAGUACUACUAAAUGGCCAACGAGAAAUACACACCAAUGAAUUUAAAAAAAGAGUAUAUCCUGAUGGUACAGAAAAAAUUGUUUAUCCAGAUGGAUCGCAUGAAACUAAAUAUCCUGAUGGCAGAAUUAGAAAAAAAGACAAAGAUGGUCACUUGAUAUUAGACACUAGUGUUUCUUCUUAAGUGGUUUUUAAAUGUUGAUAAUUAAAAAUUGUUGGUUCUCUAUUAAAGUAAUAUAUUUUUAUAUCUUUUUAAA